AUGAAAGCCUGUCUCAUGCAAGCUGCAGUGAUUUUUAUAUAUUAUCUUGGUGUACAAUAUCUGGUGACAGCAGAUAAUGCAAGUGAAGUGCUCGAUGAUGUAUACUUCAAACUAAAAGUGUACACUGAAAGUAUCUAUGACCUUCAACAAGAAAAACUUUACGCAGAGCAACUACUUCCAUACGAGUUUCAAGGUGUUGAAAAACCAUUCCGAGAUGAAGUAAUGAGGCUAGAAAAAUUGUAUGCAGCCAAAUGGAUUUUAGAUCUGCUCAAAAAUAUCACUCCCAAUGAUGCUAAUUUACUGCAGACGUACUCAGAAAAUUAUGAACGACUAUCUGAUAUAAAGACGAAUUCAGGACUUGAUGACUAUUUCGAUAGUUUAAUAGAAUCUGUAAUAGAGAAGAAGUGGAAUGCAAGAUUAGACUUUGAUCUAGCAACCAACAUAUACUUGAACAUGAAAAUUUCAUCCAAAAGCUCGUCUUUGACAGAAAAUAACGGGAAAUCACUUGAUGAAAGAAAAUCAACUCUGGGAGAAACUGAAAAUCAAUAUAAAGAGUCUAAAUUACGUGUUAUCAGCACAAAUAAGGAAUUGAUUGAGACAAACCUUGCCUUUAGCAAUUUCUGCGAUGCAGUUAAAAAAGAUUUACCGAAAUUGCACCCACACCUCGAAGAAAUGCAGAAAAACAUUAGUGAGAUGACAGAACACCUAGAUAACUACACGCGGGAUAUAAGGGCAGUUGUAGCUAAAGCCAAAAACACAUCAGAUCCAAUCCAACGACAUAAUUUGGAACGUGAAGUUGAUGAUCUUUGGCUGAUUAUCAGUGAUUAUAAAAACCGAAUAUAUAAGUCUGAGAAAAAUUUAGAUGAAGCUAUUAAUGACGUACUUUUUGCAAAUCCAGAAGUGAUAGCUGAACAAGACAAAAAGCGUAAUGUCACUAUUAGAAACGAGGAUGCUACAUAUGAUCAUCUUAAAACAUUGACAAAUAUGGAAGUUCAAAGAAUAGAUGUCCUUGAAUUACUUUCAUUAGAAGAAAGAAUAAAAAUCUACGAAAGUAUAAUGCAGGAAGAAAUAAACUCAAUUUAA